AUGGCUUCUGCUAGGAGUAUUUUAGCAGAAGCGGAGGAUUCGGAGUUGGAAAGACAACUAAAGAUUCUAAACAAACCAUCCAUCAAAACCUUACAUGCUCCAUGGGGUGAUAUCUAUGACUGCGUUGAAUUCCACAAACAACCUGCAUUCGAUCAUCCGUUACUCAAGAAUCAUAAGUUCCUGGGGAGAGACGAAACUGCGUCCACUAAACCACAUAAUACGUUGAUGAGUCUAGGCGAUGGGUGUCCAAAAGGAACUGUCCCUAUUCGCAGGACGACUAAAGAAGAUUUGAUCAGAGCUAAAUCCUUCUCUGCAUCAACAACAUCAUCCCACGCUCCUGGUGAAGAACAUAGAGCAGGUAUAACUCUUCAAGUAGUUGGUGAAACAUUCAAUGGAGCCAGUGGAACACUUAACGCAUGGAAUCCCACAGUAAAUCCGGACCAAUUUAGUUCAGCUGAACUUGCGCUUAAAGGAGGUCCACAGGAACAGACCAGCGCAGUCAAAUUUGGGUGGAUUGUAAGCCCGGAGUUGUAUGGUAAUAACAAGACUCGAACUUUUGCGUAUUGGACUGGCGAUGGUGGUCACAAAACAGGUUGCUAUAAUACUCGUUGCAGGGGAUUUGUGCAAGUUGACCGAGCACAUCCUCCUGAUAUGACGUUUGCCGAAACAUCACAUUUUCCAGGAUCUCAGGUUGUAAUCACAGUGGAGAUUUCUCUGGAUACUCUUUUUAUUGCUAACAAAAACUUCUUUGGACGACAAAUGCAUAUUCGUGGAAAGUACUUAGUAUAUGGUAAAGAGCUUAUUGCACAGUUGGUGGAAUGCUCCUCCAAGGGGAUUGAACGAGAAACUGGAAAAUGGUGGUUGAUAUUGCAUCCGGGGCCUAUUAAAAUAGGAUAUUGGCCCAGAAAACUAUUCCCACUAUUUAAUCCAGGUGCCCAGUAUGUUUACUGGGGUGGCCGCGUAAAGUCUGGAAAAGAUGGAAGUAUUCCACCAAUGGGUGGUGGUGUUGGACCUGGUGGAUUUUCUAAUGCCAACGGUGUAAUUGGUGAUCUUCAAUAUUAUGACAAGAAUAGUCAUGUUCUAAAACCUGAAAAAAUUGAAUAUACUAUCGACUGUAAGCAAUAUGAUUCUCAUUAUGAUAAUGGCCACCAUGCCGUUUACUUCGGAGGACCUGGUGGUGGCAUAUGUACCUGA